AUGUCAAGUUUUCGAGGCUUGGGUAUUUUAUGCUUUUACUCUAAUGACUUCUUCCAAGGUCAUGUCAUUGACAGAACAACCAAUGAUUCUCCUUUCAGUCUUGCAGGCAAGUUGUCCAAUCAUGUCGAUCCCAACCAUCAUGAGUGCAUGGACUUGCCAGACUUUUACAAUGUAUUGAUUCAAAAGCACAAUACAAGCACAACCUUAGCUUUAGUCGUACGACGAGCCAAAGAUAAUGAUGCUGCGGGACUCUCCACACAUGAACACGAAGCAGAACUCAAUAACGGUCAUCAAUUGUCUUUUAUCACCCAUCAAUUCUUGACAGGCACACAAGCCUAUGUGAUGCAAUCCAAGUAUUUCAAUCGACAUGAGCAAGACGUUACUGUCUGUAUUGGUGAAAUUGUAUUGACAGAAGAGAUUCAAUCAUGAAGGGUUUAUAUUGUAAUAAUAAUAAUAAAAAAAAAAAGGCUGCAUUAUACACAUGUCAUGUAAAAAAUUGAAAUUCAGUGACUGUGACUCUUGAAAUGCUAUUUUAUAAGCCCUAC